UAGCCGUGGAAAUGCACCUGGGACCGGGGGAGUGUCAACCGGUUGCUAACUGUCCGGAUGAGCCUAUAAAUUGAUUGGCCUUCGACUGGCCGCGGCUUAGUCCAAGUUCAAUCGGAUCCAGAAUAGCACCAGAGAAUGUUCAAGGUUUUCAUUAUGUUUUCCCUGAUGAUGGGUGUGAGCCUUGCUGCCACGGUUAUCUACCAUCAGCCUGUGAUUUAUCACCAUCCCUUGCCGGUGGCUGCCACACCUGAGGAGCUGGCACAACAUCCCGGCUACACCAUUGUGGCACCUCUCACCAAAAUCGCCCAUGUCACCUACGAUUCUGUACCCAUCUCACAUACUCCCUAUGAGCAUGUUCCACUUUUCCAGCGGAUUGGUCAUGUGAAGCACAAAAGGUUCUAGGAGAGAAUACUAACUUACCUUUAAGAUUUAAAGAAAUACUAGGUUAAAGAUUAAAUAUAAAGAAACUUAUUCAUAAUCCCAUUUUCCCAGAUCCAAAAUCAAUAAAACCCUUUUACUAAAUUUAAAAA